CCUCUCCUCUUUCAGGGCCGGAAGUCAACGCAGGCAGCGGCGGGAGCAACAGCAAGCAGGAGCAGCCCAGAGCCAGAGAGGCGGGGAAGAGGCCGGUGGAGAAGGAACUUUCUCCCUCGGGAAAGCAAUGGCUCCGCCGGCGCGCUGAGUAAUCCUGAAUGUAUCUGAACAUUCUUGGAGCAACGAUUUUCAGAAAUAGGUAUUGGAACCAUUGAUGGACAUCUGCUUUCACGGCAUGGCCCAGAUAUCUGGCAACAAUGAACUCAGACCAUGUUCAUCACCAUCUUUGGGUACAGCAAAGGCAAAAGAAGUGGACAAGGAAGAGGCACUACAGAUGGAGGCUGAGGCUCUGGCUAAGAUGCAAAAGGAAAGAGUGGUGCCUGGAAAUAGACAAAGUAUUGACACUUUAAGCAAAUCCUGGCCAAAUGUACAAUCCUGCCGAAAACAGGACCAUGAUCUUAUGGUGUUUCCAGAGUCGGAUGCCAAGAAAAAGAUGAAUGAUAAAUUAAAUACAGUGGACAUAGAAAAACUUACCCGUGCUGAACUGGAGAAACUGCUACUAGAGGAAAAUCUUGAAUCCAGCAAACCAACAACACUGCCAGCAACUCCUGGUCUGAGUCCAUCGUUCUCGUCACAGUUUUAUGCUAACCCUACCAUUCAAAGAGGACCGUGGACACCUGGGUUGCUUGGGCCUGCUGCUUGCACUGUACCUUCUAAUUAUGCGCCACCUUCUUUCAGUAAACAAGUUGGUAUCUUUCAGAAUGGCUUCCAUCCAGGACUGUCCACUUAUCAGUCUACAAAGCCUAUUUAUCUUAGUCUUCCAGAGGGGUCCCAGUACAUUUCAUACACACUGCCAAGUACUACAACGUUCCAUACACAACAAAGUCUACCUAUAUUUCAUCCAACACUUACCCCUGAAAUGGCCAAAGUGUUUGAUAAGAUAGCAAGCACUUCAGAAUUUCAAAAAAAUGGGAGAUCGAGCUCUGACUUAGAAGUGACUGGUGCUAAAUCUACAAUUAAUUUGCCAGUCCCUGAAAGCUCCAAUGAUAUCAGUAAAUUUGAUUGGUUGGAUUUGGAUCCUUUAAGUAAACCAAAAGGGGACAGUAUGGAGAUAUUGUAUAAUGCAGAAGAUGGUGGAAAAGUGACCUGUAAUACAGUUGUAGAAGACCCUUGGGAUGCUGUGCUUUUGGAGGAGAAAUCCCCAGGAAAAUGUCAUCAUGAAAGAAAACUUAGUGGGAAAUCUACUUCUGGUGCAACGGUUACAAGAAGUCAGUCUUUAAACAUUCGAACUGCGCAGCUUGCUAAGUUGCAGGGCCAAACAUCACAGACAGACUGUGGGACCACUAGCCUGCCAACAGGAAAUAAACUUCUAAAAAAUGUUGAAGGGCAAAAUCAGGAACAAGCAGCAUUCUGUGAAGCCAUUGGAAAGCUAAGGACCAAGUUUCCGCAUAAAAAUCAUGAUACAAACCCAGGUUUCGUUUUGAGUCCAGUCAUGUUGCAACGAAACAUCAGUGGAGAAAACUCAAGCAUCAAGAUUUCAAUAGAAAUAGAGGGUUUUCAACAGCCAGUGACAUUUACAUGCGAUGCCAGUUCUCCAGUUGAGCUCAUAAUAAUGCAGGCACUUUGCUGGGUGCAUGAUGAUUUGAAUGAUGUAGACAUUGGCAGUUAUAUCUUGAAAGUUUGUGGGCAAGAAGAAGUUUUGCAGAAUAAACAUAGUGUAGGAAGCCAUGAAUACAUACAGAACUGCCGCAAAUGGGACUCAGAGAUUAAACUGCAGCUCCUGACCUACAAUGUUAUAUGCCGAGACCUGGCACGAACAGCUGAUGAUGAUGGGACACAAAUAGAUUUGAUCAAACAUCUGAGUAAUGUAGAAAAACUCUUCAGAGAAAGCAUUCAGAGCCAUUCUCUUGAAGAGCUCUUAGAAGCUUAUCAUAAUCAAGUUGCUAUUAUUCUUAAAAAGGAGAAGCAGCUCAAAGCAGUAGAUCCAGUCAUUAAAGCUGUCAGAAAGAUUUGUUGUACAUUGGAUGGAGUAGAGACUCCUGCCAUUACAAUGGCAGUAAAGAAGCUGAGAAGAGCAGUUAAUCUUCCACGGAAUAAGAGUCCUGAGGUGUCUUCUGAUGAUGCUAGCAAGAAUACCACUGGUUCAUUGCAAACUGAAAACCCUCUACAAGUGAGCCUAGAUCAGUUAACCUCAGCUGUCUAUGCCCUCCUUGAACUCCACUUGAACUCAUGCAAUAGUUGUUCUUUGAAUGCUCUAGAGACUGAGAGAAGCACUAAAGGGGCUUGGACUGCCACAGAACACCUCCAGUUCACAGUAUUUGCUGCUCAUGGGAUUCUCAGUGGCUGGGUCUCUGUUUAUGAAAAAUACUACUUGGUUUGCUCUCUGACCCAUAAUGGAAAAGAUCUUUUUAAACCUGUCCAGUCCAAGAAAGUUGGAACAUACAAGAACUUUUUCUAUUUGAUUAAAUGGGAUGAACUGAUAAUUUUCCCUAUACAGAUUUCUCAGUUGCCAUUAGAAUCCAUCUUAUGCCUUACUCUCUUUGGGAUAUUAAACCAAAAUAGUGGUAGUUCACCUGACUCAAAUAAGCAGCGGAAAGGCCCAGAGAUGUUGGGUCAAGUUUCCUUCCCUCUCUUUGAUUUUAGACGAAUAUUGGCUUCUGGAACAAAACUCUUACAUGUUUGGACACCUUCCACAAGCCUUGUUUUUGGAGUAGCCCAUAAAAAAGGAAACCUAAUGGAAAGGAUUGUGUUACAGGUUGACUUUCCUUCUUUGCCAUUUGAUAUUAUAUACAAAACUCCUGAAGCUGCAAGUGGCUCCACAUGUAAUUCCAUAGAAACAUUGGAAAAAGAUUCAAGAGAACGUCUUAUUACCAUUCUUUCCAAACAGGGUACAGUUGGCCUGUCUAGAAAGGACAAAGCAUUUCUGUGGGAGAAACGACAUUACUGCCAUACAGAUGUAAAUAGCCUUCCAAAGGUUUUAGCCAGUGCUCCAAACUGGGAUUUGACAACUCUCCCUGAAAUAUAUUUGCUGCUUCAGCAAUGGCCUCCCUUACCUCCUCUGACUGCAUUAGCAUUACUGGACUCCAACUUCACAGAUCAGGAAGUAAGAACAAAAGCUGUAAAGUGGAUAGAGGCAAUCAGCGAUGAUGAACUGGCUGACAUUCUACCCCAGUUUGUGCAGGCACUGAAAUAUGAAACUUACUUGGACAACUCUCUAGUCAGAUUCCUUUUGGCCCGAGCAUUAGGAAAUAUUCGAAUAGCACACUAUUUAUAUUGGUUACUGAAGGAUACCCUUCAUGAUAUUAAACAUGGUGUAAUGUAUGAGCAUAUCCUUGGUGCCUUCCUUUCAGUCUGUGGCAAAAGACUGAGAGAAGAUCUGGAAAAGCAGACCAGACUAGUACAAAUACUGGGAAUGGUUGCAGAAAAAGUAAAGCAAACAAAUGGAUCUGCCAGACAGGUUGUCUUGCAAAGUGGAAUGGAACGUGUUCAGUCCUUUUUCUUAAAAAAUAAAUGUCGUUUGCCACUCAGUCCCAGCCUUGUAGCAAAAGAACUGAAUGUUAAGGCAUGCUCCUACUUCAGUUCAAAUGCAGUCCCUCUUAAAAUUGCUCUAGUGAAUUCAGAUCCCUUGGGAGAAGAAAUUAAUGUCAUGUUUAAGGUUGGAGAAGAUCUACGUCAGGACAUGCUGGCAUUGCAAAUGAUAAAAAUUAUGGAUAAGAUUUGGUUACAGGAAGGACUCGAUUUGCGGAUGGUUCUCUUCAAGUGCCUUUCUACUGGCAAAGACAGAGGAAUGGUGGAGCUUGUUCCAGCUGCAGACACACUUAGGAAAAUUCAGGUAGAAAAUGGUGUGACUGGGUCCUUCAAAGAUAAGCCUCUUGCUGAAUGGCUAAGAAAAUACAAUCCCACAGAAGAAGAAUAUGAAAAGGCUUCUGAAAACUUCAUCUAUUCUUGUGCGGGAUGUUGCGUAGCCACCUAUGUCCUUGGUAUCUGUGACCGCCACAAUGACAACAUAAUGCUUCGAAGUACAGGACAUAUGUUCCAUAUUGAUUUUGGAAAGUUUUUGGGACAUGCACAGAUGUUUGGAAGCUUUAAGAGGGAUCGGGCUCCUUUUGUGCUGACAUCAGAUAUGGCCUAUGUUAUCAAUGGUGGUGAAAAGCCUACAAUUCGCUUCCAGCUGUUUGUUGAUCUCUGCUGCCAGGCUUAUAACCUGAUAAGGAAACAAGCCGACAUUUUCCUCAGUCUGCUGUCACUGAUGCUAUCCUCUGGGUUACCAGAACUUAAUGGCGUUCAAGACUUGAAAUAUGUCCAGGAUGCUCUUCAGUCCCAAACAACAGAUGCUGAAGCUACCAUUUUGUUUACAAGGCUAAUUGAAUCCAGCCUGGGAAGUGUUGCUACAAAGUUCAAUUUCUUCAUCCAUAAUCUUGCUCAGCUGCGUUUUUCAGGCCUGCCUUCCAAUGAUGAGCCCAUUCUAUCUUUUUCUCCCAAAACGUAUUCACUUAAGCAAGAUGGGCGUAUCAAAGAAGCAUCUGUGUUUACAUACCACAAGAGAUACAAUCCAGAUAAACAUUAUAUCUAUGUUGUCAGAAUUUUAAGAGAGGGGCAAAGUGAACCCACGUUCAUUUUUCGGACUUUUGAUGAAUUCCAGGAAUUCCACAACAAGCUCGGGAUCCUGUUUCCUCUGUGGAAAUUACCAGGUUUCCCUAACAAAAUGGUUCUAGGAAGAACUCACAUAAAGGAUGUAGCAGCCAGGAGGAAGGUAGAACUAAACAGCUACAUGCAAAGUUUGAUGAAUGCCUCAACUGAUGUAUCAGAGUGUGAUCUUGUUUAUACUUUCUUUCAUCCCUUGCUACGUGAUGAAAAAGCUGAAGGAAUUGAUGGAAUAGCUAAGUGUACAGAUAUAAGCCCUUCAAGUCCUGUGUCAGGCAAAGUAGGAGGAGAAGUUAAGUUGUCCAUCUCCUAUAGAAACAGCACUCUGUUUAUCAUGGUGAUGCACAUUAAAGAUCUGGUUACUGAUGAUGGGGCAGACCCAAAUCCCUAUGUGAAAACUUACCUGCUCCCAGAUAUACAUAAAACAUCUAAGAGGAAGACGAAAAUAUCACGGAAGACUAGAAACCCAACUUUCAAUGAAAUGCUUGUGUACAGUGGAUAUAACAAGGAGACAUUGAAGCAAAGGGAGCUUCAGCUGAGUGUACUCAGUGCAGAAUCGCUGCGUGAGAACUUUUUUUUGGGUGGUGUCACUCUUUCCUUAAAGGAUUUUAACUUGAACAAGGAGACCAUCAACUGGCAUCGGCUUGCUGCAGUACCAUACUUGUGAACCUCAUAACUUAUAGAGGUGAAAAGAACAGAUGAACCUCAGCUCCAUUUGUAUUUGGUCACUGUUUCCUACUUGAAGAUAACACAAACACUUUGGCAUAAGACACUGCAGUCCAGCACUUUGCAGUUGGACCAGCCGUCUACAAUUUUAAACACAACUUUGGGCAAACCAUCUCCACUUAUGCCUUUUACUGUAAUAAUAUUCAAGCAUUGAUGUAAAUGAAUUGUACAAAUGUAAUAUCUGUGGAUAAUGAAGUUUUAAACCAUGCUUAGAUGUUCCAAAUUAAAACUUGAGGUUUUCUAGUUUGUUUGAUCACGUUUAGAUUGCUUUGUACCCCUGCUGUCAUUUGAAAAAAUCCCAAGUUUAAAAAAAUGGCUCAAACUGUCAAAAGGGAGAUUUGACUAAGCAACCGAAUUAGCCCUCGGACUCAUUAAACCUCUUUGAGGCUAUAAUCAGAAUGAGUGCCAAUUAUGAAUGUUCUAAAUAAUGGUGCCUUAUUUUGCCAUUAAACUGCUUCUUAUACCUCAUACCUGAUAUUUAAAAAAACAUUUAUCCUUUUUGUUAACAAGCUUUUUUACCUAGCCCUUUUAAAAAAGAAAGAAUGUGGCCCUCUCUCUGUUUUAUUUAACAUUUUCCCUUCAAUGUAUUACAUUUUCUGAGAUCAAACUCUAAUGAAUCAACAGUUACUUGGUUUGCUUUGACUAUUUUUAUACACUCUUAAACAAUAAUUUCACUAACUGUAAAUAUUAUAUGGCUGCAUACCCAAGUGGUUUUAUGCCAUGGUUGACCACAAAGCACAUACUUCUCUAGAAAUUGGGGAUCACUGAUAUUUUAUUUGGGGAUUUGUGUCCAAUAUAAAUUACAGUACUCAUUAACGCUAUAUAGCUGAAACAUCUGCUUCAAAGUGUGGAAGGCCAGAGUAUUUCUUGCUGGUUGAGACUAAAUUGCACUCAAAACAUUGGGUGGUGAAAUUGAGAGUGACAGCUUGAGCUAGCCUUAAGAGGUGCUGAGUAUUCUUAUGAAUACUCUUAGUAAUCCACUAUGCACCCUAUCCAUUAAUUUCAGUGGCAAUUAACUCACCCUUAUAGGAAUGAGUAAAAGAAGCUGUGCACAUUUCUAGGACCCUGCACGUAAAUGCAAUUUAGUAACUCCAGUGAAAAUUAUACAACUGUCUGUAACUAUGAACGUAAAGUAAAAUAAUGCAAUGAUAAAUGAGAGUAAAUACUUAACAUAGUACAAAUGAUAAUUGUGGAUAUGACAAGACGAUGACAAUCUUUCUUGCACAAUGAAACUAAAAUGCAAUCUAAUUUAUUUCCUUUAAAGUAUAGUGAAGUACUUGCUUUCGAAUCUAGUUUAACAAGUAGGAGGGAGGAAUAGACAAAACUUUUUGGGUGCCUGAAACUUUCAUGGUCCAACUAUACACUAAUACUUUCGAUUGUUUUCUCAGUGUUAAAACUGCAUUAUUGCUAUAUAUAACCUUUUGCCAUUUAAAAGCAACAGACUUAAUUUUAUUAGCUAAAAUAAUUAAACAUUUAAGUAGUGACCUAUACAGAAAAAAAAUAAACUAAAAGAUUGUAUUUCCUACACACUUGAUACUUUUUGAGAUGCAUUCCAGUCCACCAAGAGGAUCACAAGUCACAUACACACAGGAAAGUAAGCUACUGCUUUUAUGAAAUGUUCCAUUAAAUUAACUGAAAGCAAUAUGCACUGCUUUGCUGCAGUUUGUUAUUAGAGCACAGUAUGUUAACAGCACAAAACUACAGAUUUAAAAGACUUGUAGCAGUGUUUGCAGCUGCAGCUUUGGGCUGGAUGUGGAUUAGAAUAUGCCCCAUACCUUACAGUAGCAUUUUCCUUUGUAGCUCAUGCCUGUGCCUUUUAUCCAUCUUCAUCACUUUUCAGAUUAAGUACACAUUGACUAACACUUUCUAGACAGAUAUUUUUAAAAGCUGUUCUUCAAUUACCUAGUAACGGAAACUGUAGUAGAGAAACAUUAACUUUGCAUCUUUGUAGAUUAUUUACAGCGGUGUCAUACUCAAAUGAUUGUCCACAUUUGUGGGGGGAAGCCAUUUUGUAUUACUGAAGCUGACAGACAGACACAAAAGGGGAGGAGGGAAUACUUGGGAUAAAAUUUGACUCUUUAAUAAACAACGUUUUUAAAGUGUGGUCUCAUAGCAUUUUUAUACUUUAUUAAUCAAAUAAAAUCUUGUGUUGUAUGUGGACUGCAGCUACAAAUAAAUGUGUGUCUUAUGUACAUUUAUUUUGUCACUUUGAGGAAUACAUGUUGCUGUAAAAAAUCACUUCCACAAUUUCUGUACUAUAUAACUUGGCUAUGACUUUGCACUGAAUUUUUUAAUAUUACUGCCUUUUUAUGAUAUUCACAGAUAUAUAUAUAUGAAAGCAUGAAUGAACUUUAAUAUUUCUCUUUUUAAAAUUACAAUGGUAUAGAAAUCUUAGUAUCUUGCCUUAAGCCUGAGUGCUUUGCUAGGAGACUGACUGUAAAUGCAGCUUUCAAAGUUAUUUCUGAUAUUUGCAUAAUGUGGUGGCCACAAUCUAAUACAGAAUUAAUAUAUGUGUAGAUCUGUAUUGAAUUGUUGCCAAUGCAUGCUGUAUGGAGGAAAAAUAAAUCAGGCAAUAUUGUACCAUUCUCACAAUCCAUAGGAAUGUAAUUUUCCUUUUUGGCUUUAUACUUUCAUACUGUGACUAAAAAUGCAGCAAAAGUUUAUAGAUAAUAAAAUGCAUUGGGAGCAAAUGUAGACAUUUGCCUUUAAAUGUCAAUUUAUCUGUAAGAACCAAAUAUUUCAGUUGUAUUACACUGAUAGGUAAUAAAGAUGUACAGUAUUUCUAUCAAUAUCUUAACCCAUAAUAUAUGGGUUUAACGUGACUCCAUAACUGUCCUACAGUUACAUUAAACAUUAUUCUGGAAUAACAAA